AUGGAAUUUCCAGAUUUAGGCGGACACUGUCACAAAACAAGUUGCAAACAGCUAGAUUAUCUACCGUUUAAGUGUUCGUACUGUAAAAAUGCAUUUUGUCAUGAACAUUCAAAACCGCAGGACCAUGACUGUCCUUCAGCACCACAAGGAGACGGUGCGCGAGUUCCGACAUGUCCUAUUUGUAACGCACCUGUUCCGGUAAAUAAAGGAGAAGAUCCGAAUAUACGGAUGGAACGACACAUUGCAAAUGACUGUCGACCAGCACCGAAAACCACAUCAACCAAACCCUUCAAUUCCUGCUCCGUUCAAAAUUGUAAACAGCGUGUCGCUGUAAAGUUACUGUGUUCAGGAUGCGGCAAGAACUAUUGUAUUAAACAUCGACUAGAGGUUGAUCAUAUGUGUGAAAAAGUAAAGAGUCAAAAUAGAGCGACGAGUAUUUCACGGUUGACAGGGAAUUCUUCCGGUAAGAAUUCUGGUGAUAGCACCACUACAACUUCUAAUCACAUGAAACCAAAGCUUACUGUCAAGAAUUGGAUGAAUAAACUGUUUAAUAGGAAAUGA